AUGCCGCGUGAAACCAAUCGUGGAAGAUUGCGAUCGCACGAGGCUUGCCUAAACUGCCGCUUGUUCCAGCUGCGUUCGGUUGAACCAGCCCUGUCUAUAUACAACGGUGUCCAGAGGCUCGCGAAGUGGCCCAUCGGUAUGCAUCCUCCCCAUAAAGGAUAUCUUAAUGGAUACUCAUCAUCAGUGAAGGCCGAUCGUCUUGCAUACUUGGAGGAGAAGGUCAAUCUUAUUUUGAACGGAAACAGGCCCCCACAAGACCAGAAUAACAGCGGACCCAAUGAUAUUCCAGACACUGCCUAUUCAGGCGCUUCGUACCCCUCCUCGGGGGAGCCGGGCAACAACUUCAGUGACCCUUUCCUGCUUGGGGUCGGACUUGACGACACCAAAUUACAUUCAUCCUCCCGCCUAUCACAGGCUAUCGGUCUCUAUUUUCAAUACUGCCACAGACAACCUAUCUGGUGCUUCGAUCGCGAAGAAGUCAAAGACCCUAGCUAUGUUUCCGAAGAACUUGCUUGCAGCAUCAUAACAUUGACUUCGCGAUUCUCACAAGAACGUGAUGAGAUGAUUCAUUAUGGCGAUAGUGCCCGCACAUUGGUCAUGUUGCGUAUCGCAAAUGGGACUGUCGAACUAGAAACCAUCGAAAGCCUUUGUCUAUUAUCAUACUCGUCCUUUUUAGAUGGAAACAUACAACUUGGAAGGUUCCAUCUGGGUCUUGCUCUUCAACUAUGCCGGUCCUCAAUGCUUGAUCUGGACACUACGUACGGCAUUGAAUGUCCAUCUGCCGAGCGGAAGAAAAGGUUAUUCUGGAGCCUUCAAGCACUGGAGCAAUCAUAUGGCCAGAUUAAUGGAAUUUUGAGUGUUCCAUCAGAGGUAUUGCGCUCGUUCUAUGUUUCCACUGGUGAUGAUCAGGAGAGAGAGAGGAAACUUGAUCCAAAACCUCCCCCAUUACCUCACGACGAAGUCGGGUGUUCUGGCCCCGAUGCCACCGGUAUCUGGAGCCUUGCCCUGCAUUUUGGAUGGGUAUGGAGCAGAGUUAGAACAUACCUCUACGACUGUGCACAGAGUAAGCUGAGAGAACCAUGGCGACAUGACUCUAUGUAUGCGAUGGUCCUCUCGGACCUAACAGAACUUGAGAACAAGCUUUCUCUAUGCCAUCGGUACGACUCGGUUAAAUUCUACGAGCGCAGAUCCGAUGAACUCCGGCAUAAUCGAGAAUAUUGGGGACCCUGGCUCAAACUCCAAUUCACUUAUCAUUCUAUAUUGACCGUCCUGAAUCAUCCUUUCCUCUAUAUUGUGGCAUCUCAAUACAACCAUAAUCUGACAAUCCCUAAUACAUUUUGGCGCCGCUCGUCAGAGGUUGUCCUUCUCCACGCGACCUGGAUUGUUCGCAUGAUCGACAUGAUAUCUGAAAAGAAGAUGCGUCUCAUUGAUCCUUUCUUUGGACAUGCGGCUGCCAUCGCGGCUACUGUGCAUCUGUACUACUGCUGUGCUGCUGACCCAAGGCUCAAGUUCAAAUCAAAAACCGAUUUUGCCAAAUGCAGGAGAUUUUUGAAAAGCUUCGUCCCAUUUUCUCCUGCGUGUGAGAUUCUUGAUCGAACACUUGACAAAAUGACGCAUAUAGCUUCUGGGUCAGAGAAGGUCGACUUCGACUGGGAACCAUCAACGAUACACCUUAGUAUCCCGUUGAUGUGGGAGGUUCUCCAGGUCAAUUUGACACCGAGUUCGCUAGACAUGUCUACUGCCGGCUUGUUGCAUCCGUCACUCACGCCUGCAGUGUUCCCCGAGGAUGUGGAAAAUCCUACCUCGACACUCGAAAUUAUUGUGGCAAUGUCGCCUGAUAUCACUGUAAAUACCGCUGAUGGUGGAUCUGCAGCACAUAUGCCACCCAACAUGCCCCAUUUGGCGUCAGCACCAGCAUCACCAACCAGCUCAGCCAUGGGGGACAAGUUGGUUGCCCCUGCAGACAGUCUCAUGAGCAAUACGCCUUGGCUCUGGGCGGACCCCUCACAGUUUGUGGAUAUGGAGAAUCUGGGAUAUGCCGAGUCGGAAUCCACCCUCGGCAAUGCCGAUGGCUUUUCGACUUGGUGGGACUUUGGCAACUUAUAG